CCCUAUUUUCCGUAUUCUUCCGGCAAGUUUAGUUUGUGUGUGUCAGUGCAGCGGGAUUUCUGUGUGAUUCUGCAGGAGUUAAAAAUCACAUUUAUUUAUAAAUAAAUGCUAAUUCGACCCGGUUUUGGGUAAUACGCUUUUGAACAUGCCAUACGCCAACCAGCCGACGGUAAAAAUCACUGAACUGACAGACGAGAAUGUGAAGUUUGUCAUCGAGAACACAGAUCUAGCGGUGGCAAACUCUAUCCGCCGAGUCUUCAUGGCAGAAGUCCCAACAAUAGCUAUUGAUUGGAUCCAGAUCGAUGCAAACUCCUCUGUCCUACAUGAUGAAUUUGUCGCACACAGAGUGGGUUUGAUCCCUCUGACCAGUGAUGAUAUUGUGGACAAAAUGCAGUACUCCAGGGACUGCACUUGUGACGAGUUCUGUCCAGAAUGCUCCGUGGAGCUCACCCUUGACGUCAGGUGCACAGAAGACCAGACGCGACAUGUGACCUCCCGCGAUCUUCUCUCCAACAACCCCAGGGUCAUCCCGGUUACUUCUCGGAGCAGGGAUAAUGAUCCUAAUGAUUAUGUUGAGCAAGACGAUAUCCUGCUUGUGAAACUGCGAAAGGGCCAAGAACUGCGUCUCAGAGCCUAUGCCAAAAAGGGCUUUGGGAAGGAACACGCCAAAUGGAAUCCCACUGCAGGGGUGUGUUUCGAGUACGAUCCGGACAAUGCACUCAGACACACGGUCUUCCCUCGUCCAGAGGAAUGGCCCAAAAGUGAAUACUCAGAAAUUGAUGAAGACGAGGUGCAGGCUCCCUACGACCCCAAUGGGAAACCUGAGAGGUUUUACUACAACGUGGAGUCGUGCGGCUCGCUGCGGCCCGAAACCAUCGUCUUGUCUGCUCUGGCCGGGUUAAAGAAAAAACUGAGUGACUUGCAGACCCAGCUGAGCCAUGAGAUACAGAGCGAUGUCCUCACUAUUAAUUAAACUACCCAAAGUUACAGCUCUCUGCUGAACUGCCUGCUCUACCACAUGAUCCCUAGUAACAUCAGUGUACUGACAAAUUGUCAUGUUACCUGGAACUUUGGAUUCCAAAUUAUCACCUAGACUGAAAGCUUUGUACACUUUUAGAGCAGGUGGUCUUGCUCCUUCAGUGACAUCAUCAUACAGCCCCAUUAGAAGUGAUAACUCCUUGCUAAGAUGUGAUCUUACUAAAACUCAGUGGUGAUGCUUCAGUGUUUUUGGUUCUUUGUAUAAACUUAUCGAGAAAGUGGGGUUUGGAAAUGUGAUCUUGUUAACUAAUGUUAUUGAAGUAGUUUCUGGGGUUUAAUUUGAUCUGUUGUAGUUUGUUUCUUUAUUUUGAAAGGAUUUUGAGAGUGUUUUGCUUUGUGUAAAUGAGUUGCUGCGAAUGGCGUGUCUCGAGCAUGAUCAAAUGUAAAACCAGUUUAUUUUUAUACGUAAUAAAGUUAACUGGUUACUGUA